GUGGCGGCGGCGCGGACGGGACGGGGCGGCGGCUCCUCGCCCUGACCCUCUGCUCCCCCGCCCAGGCCCGGGCGCGAGUCGGAGGCGGCGGCGAAGGAAGAAGCGAGCAUGGCUGAGACCCCGCCGCCGCCCACCGCUGGUGCCGAAAGUUGCAGCGAGGAGCCGGCGAGGGGCGGGGAGUGGCGGCCAGAGGAGCCGCGCCGCGCUCCCGCCGGGGGCACUGACCGAGAGAGCGAGGCGGGGCCGCCGCCCGCCUCCCCCGCCGGGCAGUUGGACCCGGACUCGCCGGUGGCCGCCCCCUUCUUCCUGCUCUACUCCGGCGAUGGAGGCGCCGGCUUCGGAGCGCGCCCGCCGCCGCAGCAGCAGCGCUCCUGGAGGACCCCGCCGUCGCCCGGCUCCCCACUGCCCUUCCUGCUACUGAGCUACCCGAGCGGCGGCGGCGGCGGCGGCGGCGGCGGCGGCGGCGGCAGCGGCAAGCACCAUCCUAAUUAUCUCAUGGCUAACGAACGCAUGAACCUCAUGAACAUGGCCAAGCUGAGUAUCAAGGGCCUGAUUGAAUCAGCUCUAAACCUGGGAAGGACUCUUGACUCUGACUAUGCACCUCUCCAGCAAUUCUUUGUGGUGAUGGAACACUGUCUGAAACAUGGCUUGAAAGCUAAAAAAACUUUUCUUGGACAAAAUAAAUCCUUCUGGGGACCUCUAGAACUGGUAGAAAAGCUUGUUCCAGAAGCCGCAGAGAUAACAGCAAGUGUUAAAGAUCUUCCAGGACUUAAGACUCCAGUGGGUAGAGGAAGAGCCUGGCUUCGUUUGGCAUUAAUGCAAAAGAAACUUUCAGAAUAUAUGAAAGCUUUGAUCAAUAAGAAAGAACUUCUCAGUGAAUUCUAUGAACCCAAUGCCCUCAUGAUGGAAGAAGAAGGAGCCAUAAUUGCUGGUCUGCUCGUGGGUCUGAAUGUCAUUGACGCCAAUUUCUGUAUGAAAGGAGAAGACCUGGACUCUCAGGUUGGAGUUAUAGAUUUUUCAAUGUAUCUCAAGGACGGGAACAGCAGUAAAGGUAGUGAAGGAUUAGUUGGUUGUAGAAGUGAACCUUCUUUAUCUUCAGUUUGUUUUUCAUCAGCCAUCAAGGGAUUCUGGACCACCCGCCCUUCCUUCUCCACCGUCUACUUCCUCUUUGCCAUCUUCGUGGUAUCCACCGUCUUCCACUGCCACCAGCGCCUGGCUCUAGUGCCCGCACCCUGGGCAUACUCAGCCCGUGUGGUCCUGGCCCCCAGACACCUCCCCCAGGAGGGACUGUUCACUAUCAACUCCAAGGGCCGCCUGGGGAACCAGAUGGGCGAGUACGCCACACUGUACGCCCUGGCCAAGCUGAAUGGGCGGCCCGCCUUCAUCCCUGCCCAGAUGCACAGCGCCCUGGCCCCCAUCUUCAGAAUUACCCUGCCGGUGCUGCACAGCACCACGGCCAGCAGGAUCCCCUGGCAGAACUACCAUCUGAACGACUGGAUGGAAGAGGAGUACCGCCACAUCCCGGGGCGCUAUGUUCGCCUCACGGGCUACCCCAGCUCCUGGACCUUCUACCACCACCUCCGCCACGAGAUUCUCCAGGAGUUCACCCUGCACGACCACGUGCGCGAGGAGGCCCAGAGGUUCCUGCGGGGCCUGCAGUCCAGGUGGGCGGAACAGGCAACCUUCGUGGGGGUCCAUGUGCGCCGGGGGGACUACGUCCGUGUCAUGCCGCGCGUGUGGAAGGGGGUGCUAGCUGACCGGGGCUACCUGCAGCGGGCCCUGGACUGGUUCCGGGCCCGUUACCGCCUCCCGGUCUUUGUGGUCGCCAGCGAUGACAUGGCCUGGUGCCGGGAAACGAUCAACAGCUCCCUCGGGGAUGUGGUGUUUGCCGGGAAUGGCCUCCAGGGCUCACCUGCCAGGGACUUUGCACUGCUGACACAGUGCAAUCACACCAUCAUCACCGUGGGCACCUUUGGAACCUGGGCUGCCUACCUCACGGGUGGGGACACCAUCUACCUGGCCAACUUCACACGGCCGUACUCCCCCUUCGACUUGGUCUUUAGGCCGCAAGCAGCCUUCCUGCCAGAGUGGCAUGUCAGUCACAAAAUGCACAAACCACAGAACUUAUACGCCAGUAGCAGCUCAAGGCUAAGUGUGAAGGGUUUAAAAAGGACGGUACAGGGUAUUGUUCUGUUUUCCAAAAGUGACCAUUUUUUUUCUUCUCUUGAUAGUGCUACUGUAAACAACCUUCAGGCAAAAGUAGAUGCAUUAGAAAAAUCCAACACUAAACUGACAGAGGAGCUUGCAGUUGCAAACAACAGGAUCAUUACCUUACAAGAAGAAAUGGAACGAGUUAAAGAGGAAAGUUCCUACAUACUGGAAUCCAAUCGGAAGGGUCCCAAGCAAGACAGAACUGCAGAAGGACAAGCACUAAGUGAAGCAAGAAAGCAUUUGAAAGAAGAGACACAAUUACGAUUGGAUGUUGAAAAAGAACUGGAGAUGCAGAUCAGCAUGAGGCAGGAGAUGGAAUUGGCUAUGAAGAUGCUGGAGAAGGAUGUCUGUGAGAAGCAGGAUGCCCUGGUAUCUCUUCGGCAGCAGCUGGAUGAUCUCAGAGCUCUCAAGCAUGAACUUGCCUUUAAGCUGCAGAGUUCAGACUUAGGAGUAAAACAGAAAAGUGAACUAAACAGUCGCUUGGAAGAGAAGACUAAUCAGAUGGCUGCUACCAUUAAACAACUUGAACAAAGAUUGCGCCAGGCUGAGCAAAGCCGCCAGUCUGCUGAGUUGGACAACCGGCUCUUCAAACAGGACUUUGGAGACAAGAUCAACAGUCUGCAGCUGGAAGUCGAGGAGCUCACCAGGCAGCGGAACCAGCUUGAGUUAGAACUAAAACAGGAAAAAGAAAGAAGAUUACAAAAUGACAGGAGCAUCCCAGGAAAGGGUUCCCAGAAGCCAGAAUCCAAGAUGGAUGGGAAGCACAAAAUGCAAGAGGAAAAUGUUAAACUAAAAAAGUCCCUGGAAGAAAGCCACAGGCUGCAACCCCACCCUGUGGAUGAACAGGAUCAGCUGCUGCUCUCUGAAAAACCACAGAUGUGUCAGCUAUGCCAGGAAGAUGGCAGCCUAACAAAGAAUGUGUGUAAGAACUGCAGAGGAACCUUCUGUGAUGCCUGUUCAACAAAUGAACUGCCUCUUCCUUCAAGUAUCAAGCCUGAGCGAGUUUGCAGUCCCUGUCACAAGCAUCUGAUAAAGCAGUAUUCCACCAGCCCAUCAUAAGACUGAAGGCCAAGACCUGGACCAAAACGUUUAUGCAGGCUCUUCUGUAUCUGUGUUUUAGCUGUCAGGAUCUCCUAGAGCCCAGUCCUUAGAGUCAACUAAAGAGUUGAUAGGAAUUAACUAGGUCCGGGGAGAAAAGGCAGUGGUUGGGGUUACUGGAAAUUUUGCUCGUUUUCCCUAAUGACUAUGAAUAAAAGUUAACUCACUUGAGCCUUUCUCUUCUAAAUCUAAACAACCUGACAUUGAAGGUUUGCUUUAUAGCAUAUCUUCGGAAGGGCAAUUCAUUGUUAUGAUUAGUGAUAAUGCUGGGGUGGAUUUAAUAGAAGAGAGAGUCUAGGCAGAUAAGAAUAAAAAGGAAAACGAUCAUCUUCUAUUACAUUUGCGGAAUAGAUGCCGAGAUCAAAAUGACAGAUGUUACAUAUAUUCCCAGGUGCUGUUAGACAUAAACAUUGUUUCCUCUUCACCCCUACUACCUACCUCUGAAAGUAUCUUUACCAAACUGUGAAGCCAGUCUCAGGGAAAAGAAAUUAAAGAGUAAUAUAAAUUCUGAAUGUAUUGAAAACAAUAUUGUAAUAUAUAUUUCAGGACCAGAAUUUUCUGGUCUUUACCUACAAGGACUUUCAUUAUCAAAAAAAGAACAUUUGUUUUUCUACUUAGUGACUUCAAAGUAAAUAAACUGCCCUUUUCAGAAUCUUUCACAAAACAAGCCAACUCGUCCCCAUUCCCUCUGUCUUCCUCUCAGAGUCAUAGUGGAAAUUGUAAGGAGUUUUAAAAAUGGGGUUUGCUUUUGCAAAUAGAAGAUAUUGAUUAAAACAAAGUCAAAUAUAGAGUAAAACAAGUUUAAUUUGUUUUCUUGAGACAGGUUCUUGCCCUGUUUCCCAUGCUGGAGUGCAGUGGUGCAAUCACAGCUCACUGAAUCCCUGACCUCCUGGGCCUCAAGCAAUCUUCUCACCUCAGCCUCCCAAGUAGCCAGGACUGGCUUUUUUUUUUUUAAGCGGUGGGGUCUCAUUGGUUGUUCAGGCUGGUCUCAAACUCCUGAGCUCAAGCAGUCCUCCCACCUUGGCUUCCAAAGUGCUGAGAUUAUAGGCAUGAGCCACCACACCUGGCCCAGUUUAAUUUAUUGAUGGCUAAGGACAGUUAGCUCGGAAUACUUACUGUUUUUGAAUAUGGAAUUCCUCAUUCUGAGUCACGAAUCAGGGCUGGUAGAUGCUUUCUUGGAAAGGGCAAUACAGUCAUCCCUUAGUAUCCAUGGGGGAUUGGUUCCAGGAAUCCCACUGGAUAUCAAAAUCCAUGGUGCUCAAGUCCUAUUGUAUAAUAUGGGUCAUAUGGUAUUUGCAUAUAACCUACAUACGUCUUCCUGUGUACUUUAAAUCAUCUGAAGAUAUACUUAAUAAAAUACCUACACAUCAUUUCAUUUGCAUGGGUUCAACAUAGUUGCUUGGUGUUCGACAAAUUCAAGUUUUGCUUUUUUGGAACUUUGUGGAAUUUUUUUUUUCCUGAAUAUUUUUGAUUGGCGGUUUGUUGAAUCCAUGGAUGCAGAACCUGUGGAUAUGGAGAGCUGACUGUAUUCAUACAUCUGAGUAACAAACUCUUGGAGAAUAGAGGGAAGUAUAUUGAGUAAGAGAAGGAAAGAAACAUCAUAUAUUAUUUUGAUUCUGUUACAUGUGUCUGUAGAUGAUUGUUUGAUUUUAAUCAAGACCUAAGAAGAUAUGAUUCUAUGACUGGUUUAGAAUUCUGGGGUGGAAGCAUCUUGGAACCAUAUUAUUUAAUAAAUUCUGUCUCCUGGAAAGGGUUACAACCUGGGAAAGAGUUGUUAUUCCAAAAGUCGCCUGUUACUUGGUGAUGCUUAAGAGUUCUGGGGAAAAAUAAAAUCUAAAGUUAAGCCUA